AUGUUCUCGUGGCAGGCGGCUCUACGCGAUGCUCGCGCUAGUCUGACCGAGCGGGACGUCAUCACUAUCUAUGGCAACUCCGAGUCGAUGCCCGGCGCGCGGAGGACUGAUGAACCAGGACCACUUCAGAGACUUAUACUACCACGGUCACAAGAUCGACCGAAUGAGACGUCUACAAUACAGUCAACCACCCAGAGCUCGGAGGGAGCGCCUCUUGUUUUACCCCAAGCACGCAGCUUAUGCGUCAAUCCGAGCAGGUCCAACCGUUGCGGCGGCUACAUACAAUCAGCUCCAAGUCUUCAAAGAUGGCAAGAGGAAGCGAGGAGAAAGCGAUUGACUCUUGAGGAUCAUAUAGGACGUAAGACAAUGCAUCCGCAAGUGCGACAAGACGAGGCAAGCUGCGAUAUCAAUCAACUGAAAAUCGACGGUGACGUCUACAACCACGGCGAGGAAGCUGGUACUCGCAAGGAGCGACUCCUUUUAGACAGGAGGCAUAGCGUGUACACGUCAGCUCGUGCGGGACACACAGUUGUGGUGGCAAGCUACAGCCAGCUACAACACCUGAAAGAUACCGAGAGUGCGCGCGGGCAACGGCACAAGCUCUUUCUCCGCAUCAUUCUUGAUGAGGCUCAAUGCAUCCGUGGAUGUGAUCGGACUCGCCAAGGAAAAAUCCUGAUGUCGUUUGACGCCUACUUCAAGGCUGUCUUCACAGGUUCGUCUGUUGUUGACACUAUCCUGGACUUUGAUGGGUACUUGGCUUUCCUGGAGUUCGUCGGAUGGGGAUGGGUCGCCGACCUAAACUCAACCCACAGCACUGACAAGGUUCGAGAGUCGCGGUAUGACCAGUUCAAUGAGAGCUUGGCGACUGGCGUCAACAACCGCUCUGAGCCCCUCGAGGAUUGGCACAGCGACUGCAGCUCGGUGGACGAGCUAGAUGCUCAACAAAUUAAGGAGUCCAUCGAAGACGGGUGGCAGUGCUCGCACUGGCCUGCGCUCAUAAGAUACAACGGUGAUCGUCCACAAAGCCUGGAUCGCAAUGACAGGAAGAAGAUCGACGGCAAGACUAUCGUGAAGGAUGUUUCACCUCCGGUUCAGGAGAGCCCCAACGAUAGGUACUAUUCCAGGGUCUCGAAUAGUAACAAGUACUACUCGAUCGCUUCUUCCAGGCACUACAUCACACUGUCGUUAAGGACCGCUCUGAGUCGAUCGGGGACCGCGCUGCUGAAGGACCACCGCGACCAACCUUCAAGCCUCGACCGAAAAUCCCACCAGAAAGUGGAUGGCCAAUUGAUACUGGUAGACAUACCAGCACCGUUCCCAGAAAACCCAUACGACAACUACCAUCCGGCCAACCUUGACAGCUUGAAGUGCUGUUCAACAGCAGCCUUCUGUUACUACAUUGGAAGGCAUAUCAAGAAGGCCGUCAUGGAUGAAGUGGAUGUAAAGAUCGUCGCCACACGCGUCCAGAAGAUCCUUGCGAUGAUGGUCCUGUCAAGAAAUCUUUUCAGUAAUAAUGUUGCAGAGACCAACAGAUACCAGCGUGAGUUUGCCGAGCACUUCGAAGCGGUCUCGUUGGCAAAGAGCGCGAAGGUGAAGGACUCCAAGACGGACUUAGCAAAGAUCGGAUCCAAGUUCGCAAAGCUGUCGGUGCUGUGCACGCACAUCGGUUUCUCCGGGCUCGACAAGAUGUCGACGGCGGCCAUUCGUGCGCAGCGGCACGAGAUUCUCCCUCUUCUCACCGCGAGGAUGAAGACAGCUGGAGCCUUGAACCCAGAGGAUAUAGAUCGCCCGCUGGAUAGCGACGAAGAGGUUCUACGGCAAUUCUUGUGGGGCUCGCCCAGGAUGAAGUACUUGCUUUGGGAAAUCCAGCGGGUGAUCUUUGGUAACACCAAAGUCGCCAGCCACCGAAAGAUCUUCGCAACCUUCCAAUUCCCCAGAUCCGCUGAGAUGUUCCUGAAGCUUGUGGAGUUCCUUGGAAUUUGUGCGGUCCUCCUGGACACCAACAUGCCUCCGGAGGAGCGUCACAAGAAUAUCCGGGCCUUCGACGAAGAGGACAUGCCGCAAAUCCUCAUAACAACGUAUGCUCUCAACAUCGCUGGCCAUGACGCUCAACAUCAGGUCGAAAUUGUGCGCUUGUUCACCGAAGGAACUUACCAGGAGCUGCAUGAGGCGGGCAUGAUCAAGAAAGCCAACUCCAUGUUUGCCGCUUUUGGUGAGCUGCAAUCUGCAAGUGAGGGCCUCGAGGACCGGGAGAAGAUGACGACAGAGGAGAUCGCGAAAGGUGCAUUCGGCAUAGUCCGGGAUCGUGUGCGAGGCCGCGACGCCAAAGACGUGGAAUCAGCCAAGGAGGACGCUAUCACAAAGGCGAAAGUCAAGGCGAGAGUACCGUAA